UCCCCCACCAGCAGCCCACCACCUGUGGCUACACGACCCCUAGCGAUGGCACCAAUAGCGCGCCUCGGUCCCGAUUCUCGCCUUGCCCACCAGCAGUCACCACCAGUGGCUACACGACCCCUAGCGAUGGCACCAAUAGCGCGCCUCGGUCCCGAUUCUCGCCUUGCCCACCAGCAGUCACCACCAGUGGCUACACGACCCCUAGCGAUGGCUCCAAUAGCGCGCCUCGGUCCCGAUUCUCGCCUUGCCCACCAGCAGUCACCACCAGUGGCUACACGACCCCUAGCGAUGGCACCAAUAGCGCGCCUCGGUCCCGAUUCUCGCCUUGCCCACCAGCAGUCACCACCAGUGGCUACACGACCCCUAGCGAUGGCACCAAUCAGGCCACCACCUGUGGCUACACGACCCCUAGCGAUGGCACCAAUAGCGCGCCUCGGUCCCGAUUCUCGCCUUGCCCACCAGCAGUCACCACCAGUGGCUACACGACCCCUAGCGAUGGCACCAAUGUCUCGUUGGCGGAUCCCCUCACCACCAGUGGCUACACGACCCCUAGCGAUGGCACCAAUAGCGCGCCUCGGUCCCGAUUCUCGCCUUGCCCACCAGCAGUCACCACCAGUGGCUACACGACCCCUAGCGAUGGCACCAAUAGCGCGCCUCGGUCCCGAUUCUCGCCUUGCCCACCAGCAGUCACCACCAGUGGCUACACGACCCCUAGCGAUGGCACCAAUAGCGCGUUGGCCGUAA